ACAAGCGCGAGUGCAAUAAUCGUCGGAUUAAAAACGCCCCCAAGAUAUAGAAAACUAAAGUAAAAUAAAGGCGCCCCAAAAAAUACGCUUACGCUCACCAUAUAUUAUUUGUACAGCAUGGUAAAAUUGCUCAUAUACUAUGAUGGCUUAGCCAAUUAAAAAUCUUGAAUUUCAUUAUCCAAUGAUCUAGUUGAAAUAAAUAGAUAAAUAGAUAGACAAAAUAAAGUCUCAAAUGAAUAUAUAGAUCUAUAAACGUCAAUUAAUCCCGUUUUUAAAGUGUUAGCUUCAAGCGCAGUCUAAUUUGGUAAAGCACACUGCUAUUGAGGACGUCAGCUUCAUCUAGUGAAUAAGAGAAAAUAAGUCAAACCAUUAAUAGUCCUUGUGCAUGUUUAUGUCAGACCAGCUAAUUUGAACCCCAAGCCAACCUCGAUUCCAUGCAGAAUCUCUCCUGAGAUCGAGGUCACCACCAAGCCUCGCUUUAGAAGUGCAUAUUUUGUGUAUUUUGUCAUAGACCUUUUCGGCGAUACGGCGGUCAUUUUGACUUCUAAUUGUUUCAAAUAGCUAUUAUGGGGUGCAAAGGGGGCAAAUACAACCCUCUGAGCAUCCCAUAAUAGCCAUUUAAAAUAAUUGCAUUCAAAAUAGCCGCCAUAUCGCCAAAGAGAUCCAUUCCUAAACAUCAAAAAUGGAAAGAUAUAACACGUGAAAGUAGAAUUUUAUGUUAACGAGGCUUGGGGUGUGUUCUAAGUCACAGACGUAUUAUUUAGUCAUAACCUGAACUCUGUAGCAAAGUUUCCCUAUUUAUGUUUUAUGUGACAAUAAAAGUAUUUAGGUGCCUCUUAAAAUCUUAGCUUUAAAGACGAUUUCCGAUCCGUACUGCGCACUCUCAGCACCCUAAUGUUUAAAGCAUAAAAAACUCACUCGAUAGAAUGCGAAGAAAUGUUAUUCGUUACGAACCACAUAACUUAUCUUUGAGGCCUUUCAAAUUCUUUUCCAACUGUUUCAUUUAUUUUUACAGCUGCAAAGUUGUUUCAUCAAAUGAUACGAGAAGGAACGAAACAAAGUUUCGCGUCGCUUCGCGUCCAUAAUGGCGGUUGGCAUGAAACUUUGAAUUUAUUUGACGUCAUUCAUGAAACAUAACAAUAAACAUAAACAAACUCUUGAAAGUGCGCAGUACGGACUGGAAAUCAUCUUUAGUCUCGGCUUCAAAUCCAUUUGUCUUGUUGAAAAUGCCAUUAAUGUGAUAUUUUGCCCUCAUGUUCUAACCUUCUCUUCGGAAUUUGUAUUUUUUUCUUCUGACACGUUAUUUUAGGUUAACCAUUCACUUUUCAUUUACGUCCAAAUAAAUUACGCAUGCUCUGUUCCUUGUUUGCUUCUCCUACCCAGAAUCCGCGCAAACAGUCCGCGCUCCCUUGACCAGCGAUCGGGAAAGGCGCUGGAUAUUGCCAGAAAGACAUUUUAGAUAUUUCCCGUUGUCUGCCUACAAAAGCAGUUUUCCAUUUUUCUCCGGCAGCAGUGAACCUUGUAAACGGCUCUGUACAAAACAAACACCAUAGUCAGUCAUUAUCACACGAAUAAAUCACACGAAUAAUCCCCAAUUUUUCUGUUCCACCAGUCUUAUCCCGUCUCCAGAGGAAGCUUAAGUUAGUUAAAACUUCUUUGAUAAAAUAUCUUCCCCAUAUACCUAAUUCUCCCAGCGUAAGUUUCGAUCGAGAUCUCAAACGGCGAACGAUGAUCAGUUUCUUCAAAGAACUUUAAAAAAAUAAAUGGGUGAGGGCUAACUGUCGAAAAAUUGAUGAUUCUCAGUAAUACUGCUUUACACAGCUCAUCUUAUCAUUUGAAGCUAUAAUUUUCUUUGCAUUGACAAAAGUUUGAAACAUUAUUUUUUUAUUUCAAGCCUCUUUAUAUUGAUUGUUCUCUUCAAAUGGAAUGGUAAACUAAAGUUGAGAUAUUCUUGAGGUUUUUAUUAGCAGUACCGUAAUUCUUGUGCCCUAUUGCUGGUCAAAAAAAAGUGUGUUAAGCACCAUUCUCGACUCGGAAAUUUUUCAAGGACAUGAUUUUUUCCCACUGCGGAUGAUGUCCGACCAGGAGUAAAUGUAGGAAAAGAGAGUUAAUUCCGCGUAUAGGUCUACUUCACUCCGCUUAUCUCCCUCAAAUUAUUUUUAGACCACUCCUGGCUUCAGAAAUCACUGUAGUUUCUAAACAUAGCUGACCCCGUGACGCGAAUUUUACUCAAAUGCACAACCCAAACGGCUUUGGUCAAAGCUUUACACACAUUUCUGGGCAGGCAUUUUUUGCAAGUUGCAGGUUGUAGGUUUAAAAAUCGACUUUUAAUUCAGUAAAUAAGUUCGAGUGAGUCUACUUAGUACUCUGGUUAACCUAAAUUAGCUAGCCUGCUUUGCAGGCUUAAAGGGAGCAGGAAUAGGGAGGCAAAAAACGCGAGGAAGUCCCCUCGAUCCAUCCAUGCUUUGCCACCCCCUCUCCUGUAUAACGCCUUUUACGCAGUCUAAAAUGAGCUUACGUUGCUUGGGGUUCAUUUGACUUCAACUCGGAUAAACAGGUCGUUUCAACCUGCAACCUGCAACCUUCAAAAAAUACCUGCCGCACAUUUUGAUCAUCCACGAACGCUUGUGGUAAUAUUUUCCGCGGGAGAACUGGUUACCACGUCUAAAUAUAACUUGAGCGGUCGGGAUUAACUCUUAACCCUUCAUCUUCUCUUCAAAGUACGCUACAAACCCAUGAAUAAACCAAAAUCGCUCAGGUGUUAUACAGAAACUUUAGGUCUACAAGAACAGGAUGUCAGAUGAGGUUUUAAACUUGUCUGCAGCUUUCAACGGAAAAACGGAAAUGGUUUACUACAAUAUUGUCUCCUUCGCAGACGUUUUAUGGGAUGUCACGCAACGCUUUGAGUGACAUCCCUGAGGCGUCACGUGAUGUAGUUUGCUGGCUAAUAUUCCAAGAUGGCGGGAUUGUCGAACAGAACAAAAUUUCUUUGCAGCCGCCUUGCCGGAAAAAUCCGUCAUUUACAUACGAGUGGAAGAUGUUUUGACCAGUAUAAAUGCGUGGCUGUUGAUGAUGUGGAAUCCUUUGUAGAGAGGUGUAUGGCAGCAGUUGGAACUCCUUCUAAACACUGCAGAUCGUUAGCUCAGGUCCUUGUUGCUGGGGACUUCCGAGGACAUUUUAGCCAUGGACUCAAUAGAUUAGAAAUGUACGUCAAUGAUAUUCAGGUGGGUACUACCGCACUUGAUGGAGAACCUGAAGUUGUAAAUGAAACAAGCGCCACUGCACUUGUGAAAGGAAACAAUCUUCUUGGACCAGUUGUUGGAAACUUUUGCAAUGACUUAGCCAUAAAGAAAGCUCAAGAGACUGGUAUUGGUUGGGUUGUCUGUGGAGGCUCAAACCAUUAUGGCAUUGCUGGUUGGUAUACAAUAAAAGCUAUGGAAAAGGGGCUUAUUGGAAUGAGCUUCACCAAUACAUCACCUCUUGUUGUCCCAACAAGAGCACGUAAGGUAACUGUCGGAACCAACCCGUUAUCAGUGGCCGCCCCUGGCAAAGAUGGCGACAGCUUUGUUCUUGACAUGGCAACAAGUGCUGUUGCUCUUGGCAAGAUUGAAAUGGCAAGAAGGAAGGGUGUGGAAAUGCCUCAUGGGUGGGGAGUGGAUUCAAAAGGAUUGGAAACUGUCCAUCCAGAAAAGGUGUUGUCAGGUGGAGGUCAGCUACCUUUGGGUGGAACAGAGAUCACUAGUGGUUACAAAGGUUACGGCUUAGCAAUGAUGGUGGAAGUGUUUUGCGGUAUUCUGGCAGGUGCAGCUGUCGGUCCAGAUAUCAGAAAGUGGAUGGCUGGUGACAGAGAGGCUAAUUUGGGUCAGUGUUUUGUCGCUGUGAAUCCUGCAGUGUUUGCCCCAGGAUUUGAAGACCGUAUGCAGUCAUUGAUGGACCACUGCAGAAAUCUGCAACCGGCGGAGGGUGAGACUGCAGUACUUGUGGCCGGAGACCCGGAGAGGGCGCACAUGCGUAAAGUGGAGGAAGAUGGUGGUAUUUUUUAUCAUGUUAACUUGGUGGAAGCUAUGGACAAGUUGGCUGAUCGGCUCGGCGUAAAACCCAUGCCAACAUUCAAGCUCGCCUCUUUUUAGCUUUGAAAAGGACACCCCCAACCCCCAACAAGGUUAAAAAAUAUAUGACGUAUCUGACUCAACCUAUUUUAGUAGAAACUAA